GGAGCCGCAGGCACCGGGAGCCGGCCGGGUGUCCGGGCAGGGGCGCUGGGCACCCAGCGGGGCCGUGCCCAGGCUGUGCCCGUGCCAUUCCAGGCCGUGCCCAGGAUGCUGCUGCGCUCGUGGCGCUCGCUGUUCUCGGGCCGCCUGCUGCUCCUCACCAACACCGUCAGCUGCGGGGGGCUCCUGGCAGCCGGGGACGUCCUGCAGCAGGAGUGGCACCGCCGCAAGCACCCCCAGAGCCAGCUGCAGCUGGGGCGCACGGGCAGGAUGUUCGUGGUGGGCUGCAGCCUGGGCCCCCUGAUGCAUUACUGGUACCUGUGGCUGGACUGGGCGCUGCCGGCGCGGGGCGUGCGCUGCCUGCGCACCGGCAUCAAGAAGGUGCUCAUCGACCAGCUGGUGGCAUCGCCCACCAUGGGAGCCUGGUACUUCAUGGCCAUCGGCACCCUGGAGGGCCAAUCCCUGCAGGAGAGCUGGGACGAGCUGAAGGAGAAAUUCUGGGAGAUGUACAAGGCUGACUGGAGCGUGUGGCCGGCGGCGCAGAUCCUCAACUUCCUCUUCGUGCCGCCCCCGUUCCGUGUGGCUUAUGUCAACGUGGUGACCCUGGGCUGGGACACCUACCUGUCCUACCUCAAGUACAGGCCCCGCAGCCCCGGGCAGGAGCCCCCAGGGCAGAGCCAGAGCAGCGCCGGGGCCUAGAGAGGCUCGAGGAGCAUCCUGCAGAUGGACUCAGAGGGAUUUCCGUGCAUUCCUGGCCUUUGUGGAGCGCCCCAGCCGAGGGAGGGCAUGGCCAGAGCCCCCCCACCCUCCACGUGCCUGCUGCUGAUUAACUCAUCUGCUAAUUACAGCCGUGGGCUGGGGCUGGAACAAUCUCUUGCUGCAGGAGAAGCUGUAAAGUGAUUUCUUGUGGGAUUUGCCCGCAGAGCCGGGGUGAGGAGGAGCCCCUGGGAAGGGCCUGGCUGGAUUUGUUCCUUCUGCAGAGCAAAGCAAACCCUUGCUGCUCCUCCGGCACCUUCCAGCCCCACUGAGUGGAAAUUGGGGAGGAAUUCUUCCCUGCGAGGGCUGGAAUGGAAUUGCCAGAGUAGCUGGGGCUGCCCCAGGGCGGGUUGGAGCAGCCUGGGAUGGUGGAAGGGGCACGAAGGGAUGGGAUUGAAGGUCAUUCCAGCCCUGCUCCACUGUGGCUGCUGCUCUGCUCUCCCUGCAGCUCCUCUCUCCUUCCCCUCGCGCUUUUCUCCCCGGCUCAGGGCUGGGAUCUGCACUCCCUCAGCUCCGGGGGCUGCAGCCACCUGGGUCUCUAUAAAUAGGGCUGGAGAUGGGCUGUGAUUGCACCCGCCGGCUCUGCAGAGGCUCAGGGGGGGCUGCAGCCAAGUUCUGGCAGAGUUUGGGCCAUCACAUCCCCUGUGCUCCCAGCCCUGGGCGAGCUGCACACUCCCUGCAUCACCCAGGGACUGAAUUAUUGCCAGUGUCAAUGAGAAUUGUCUAAAUGGGGGUUUUAAUUUGAUUUUUAAAGCUGUGCCUUCAUGCUCUGCCCCGGUCCCUGCUGUCACACACCCAGGGGGGAUCAGCUCCUCCCUCAGCAGCAGCAGGAGCCAUUUGGGGCGUGAUGAUUUAAAAAAAUCUGAUUAAUUUUGCUCCUUUCUGGCAACUCAGGGACCCCGAGGAACUUCUGAUCAGCAUUGGUUUAUUUCUUCACAACAUUUCUUUUAAUACAGUGAUUUUUAGGAAAUUGUACUCUUUUUUUUUUUUUUUUGACACUUUUGACAUUUGUACAGUACAGUGUAACUCUUCCAUAAGUAAACUUCACAAAAAAGAGGAGGGGGAGGGAAGGAGAUGGAAUCAUGAUUGGGGGGGGAAACAGAGGGAAAUCUGUAAAAUAAAGACACAGCGCUCCAGGAGAAAUAAAUAAAGGGCAGCUCUGUCAUGGCUACGGGAAUAUCCACUUAUUCACAGUCUCCACAGAAGCACAGAACUACAGGAACACGAGACCCCAAAGCCCUGGAGCAAACCAGCCCUGCUCACCCCCACA